UAGAAUGAAAAGGUGUCCCAUCUUUCCCCGCUCUACUAUAAAGCUGUUUUGAAGUUAAUAAUUGACAAUAUACACGUAUAUACAGUUAAUGUAACUCUAUUUCGUUUCAAGUACUCUUAGAAAAUGAAAGUGUGCUGUUAUAAUAAAGCAGACUGCCGAUCUUUAGGAAUACUGUAUUCUGUAAUAGCAGCUAUCUUCGGAUCGUUGGCAGGACUUAGUCUCAAAGUUGCUCCGAGUACAAGUCAGUUACAUGGCGGUCUGUCGCACUUUAUUCUCGCAUACACAGUUUGUCUUCCCAUAUCCACAUUUGGCCCGCUUAAAUUCGAGGCACGAAGAUGGAAUCUAGUUUAUACGAAUCUUUUUGGCAUUAUGUCAAGCAUCAGCACAAUGACGAACUUUCUUGCGUUCGAGUUCCUGCCUAUGAGUGACGUAUUUGCUAUUGUGAGCUCAAGUGCCGCAACAACAAUGAUGCUCGCAUGUGUUUUUCUAAAAGAAAACUGCACAGCGACGGACCUUCUUUUCUCUAUUGUGGCGUUGGUCGGUGUAGUUCUUGUUGCGCAGCCCAAUUUUCUCUUCCAUGGAACGGAAUACAGAGACGAUAGGUACAUUGGUACCAUCCUUGCACUUGCUUGUAACUUUUCGACCGCAUUUGCCGUUCUAUUUACACGAAAAUUAGCGGGCAAAGUAAACACUGUACACCUCAUACUUUCAAGGUCAUUCUGGGGCAUUUUGUUCUGUGCAGUGUCUUUAAAUUUCGUUGAAGGUGCUGAAGAAAUUCCAUGCCUCACAGUUUGUGCAUUCCUUUGUCUCAGCGCAGUGUUGGGACUUUUAAAUUGGACUUUCCGCUGUGUGGCGCUCAUGCUAGAACGGGCAGGUCCUGUAAUAGUCGCCUAUUCCAGUCUUAUUGGUUUCGCAUUUUUACUCGAUUAUUUCGUGCUGGGAACGGCGACCAAUUUAUUAAGCAUUAUAGGUGCUAUCGCCAUCUUCGCAAGCUCGGCUGGCAUCGCUUUAAAAACAACAGUUUCAGAUUGCUCUCAUGAGCGAACGUGACCAUAGUACAUGCUCUUUUUUUGUGUAAUUUAUCUUCGCAUGCACUUAUAUAAAACCAUGUUUCAAUACUAAUGCUAAAUUAAAAUUUGAUAUGUCGA